AUGAUGACCUCAUCUCGACCUCGCGACGAAGCUGCGGGCAGCUUCAGCAGCCGUCGCGGCCAUGCAAGUCAACUUUCCAUUUCAGACCCCAGCCAUCAUGUGACCGAAGCGAUAGGGACGCUUUAUGGCGAUGAAGACGACUCUGGGUCCGAAAAUGGCGGUCGACCAUUAAGUUUUAUCGAUGGAUCUUCGUAUCGGGAGCAGAUACAUCGGCCAGCUCAUCUGGACUCACAUCACCAUGCUCACGCUCGCUCCCGACAUCAGCAGCAAAUGGACUACGAUACCCGCGAGCCCUUGACGCGGUCAACGUCAGACGAGCCAUAUGGCCCACAGCACUCUGAUGAAGAAAAUGGCGGGAGCCUUGAAAAGUCACAGACGCCAAACGCCCCAUCGCCAAAUCGUCGAGCCAGUAUACAGUAUGAAGGAGGUUCCAAGCCGCCUGCGCCGCCAACGUUGUCACUACGCGACGCUCAAGCCGACGAGGUGGCAUCCCAGUUCCCGCUUACCAAUAUUGAAAACCCAAAUGAUAUCGCGCAGGAACUGAGCAACCUCCAGGCCCUCAGGCGCAUGUCCAUGGAUGUCGGAAACAGUAGUGAUCCGGACAUACCACCUAUCGGACUCUCAGCAAUGCCAGUCAUAGCCCCGUCCGGAAAUGACGAUAAGAAUGAUCCCUCAAGGCUUUUAUGGGUUCCAGCUAGGGUUCAUCCAGAAUUGGCCCCCAGCGAAUUCAAGUCUUUUCUGGAGAAUCGUGUACAGUCGUUCAAAAGGAGAUCCGGCGAAUCCUUUCUUUCCGCAGAGGGUAAUAAUCUGAAUUUCAGCAACGCUGGGUCCCUAAGACGUCAAAAAUCCAUGCUCUCUCGGCAGAUUGAUAACUCCAGUGGGCAAGGAGCAGUGGGGUAUGUCGACGGGGCAGACCGUCUGGAGCGCAAACGGUCAACUGCAGGCCGUCACAACCACAUAUUGAGCCCCGACGAGUUGGUCGAGGACGCUGCCCGCGCCGUUCAAAAAUUUGCAAAGGAAGCACAGAGUACUCCCGGUGGAGAGGAGGGCGGCGCUGAGGAUAUGCCGAUUCUGCCAAUGGCUCCUGGGAUGGGGCUGAGACGAUCGACAAGAACAACCUAUCGCAAGGGCGGUAGUCUACGGUCUGGCGAUAGAUUACCGUUUUCAAAGCGUCUCGCCCAAAAGCAGCAAGAUGGCGAAUUGCCGGACCUUCCCAGUGUACCACCAAGUGAUAUGUUACGAGGGAAGACUCCAGAAAAUGGUCAAGACUUCAUGGGAGAAACCUAUCCCAGGCCACCACCAUCAGUCAGAAAGCAACAAGACUUGCUUCAAGACUUGCUGGGGAAAGCUGGAUCUUCUCCAAGCGAAGAAGACUCUCGAGUUACAUCACCACCGGCGCAAGAGCAGCUCCACGUUCGAGCAGUCUCGAUGCCAACAAUUGCCUCGCCUUCGGAGAGUGAGCCGCGAAACGAAGACGCAGGCCGUGCGAGCAGUAAGCUUCCAGGAACAUUUCCUCAACGAUCGUCAUCGCAGACUGUCGGUUCGUUGAAAUUCAACUCCACGCCAAAAGCACCCGAGCUCGUUGUGGAAGAUUCGCUUGCCCCCCAAAGCGGCAGGCAUUCAACACCCGUAACAAGUAACUAUACUCUUCAAAAACCAAAUCAACAGGCUCAUUACUUGUCGAAGCCUUCACAACAACCGCCAUAUAACGACAAACUCGGAUUGCCAUCGUCGUCUCUUCUUGCCGGCGAUGCAUCACGGACUGAUAACCUGACCGUGAUUCCCACUUUUAACCAAGUUGACAAAAAAUCUGACAAAAGAUCAAGAAAAGACAGGGAUGACGACACCGCUAGUACAUCAAGCAAGUCAGGAAGUGCGUGGAAAUGGUUAAAAGGCGUUACUGACGAUAAGGACAAGAAGAAAGAGGAGAGCAAACGUGCAAAGGCCAAGGCGCUCACCGAAAAAACGUCCGACAACGCUAGACUCGACGUAAUUCAAAGCUCGAUUGACAAGACUCCCGCAAAGGGACGCGAAAGUCUUGUCCUGGAUAGGGACAACAUUGAUAGCAAGUUGUUGGAGGAGCGGAGAAAAGAAAGCCACCGAAAAAGCGACUCCAAGAAAGACAAGGAUGGCAACAUCUUCUCGUCGAUUUUCGGCGGCAGCAAACGAAAAGAGGAGAGGGAAAAGUCGGGCAAAAAGAGCCAGCAUCUCCAAGUUCCUGAGGGGCCGGUGGACAAGUCUCCGAGGCCAGAUGUGGAUUAUGGCUGGACACGGUAUACAUUGGGGGAGGAGAGAGCUAUCUAUCGAAUGGCUCAUAUCAAACUGGCCAAUCCUCGUCGACCGCUGCUCAGCCAGGUGCUGCUCAGUAAUUUCAUGUACAGCUAUUUGGCCAUCGUCCAGGCUAUGCACCCUCAGAUGAACGUACCAACAUCUCCGCAACAGAAGCGACUUGAAGAGGAGGCUCGACGAAAGAGACAAGAGCAAGAGUAUCUUGCGCCACAGCAAAUGGAUGACGAGCAUGCUGACAAUAGCUUGGAGCAAUACAAUUUUGACUAUCACAGAGCUGCCAUCCAGUAUGCUGAGUCCGGACAUGAGAGCCAAAUUGAUUAUGUUGAUGAAGCUCAAAUUUACGAAGAUGAGCACGGCAAUGACAACCAAGACGACUAUGGCUAUGACAAUCAAGACGGAUAUGGCCACAGCGUCAAGGACUACUACCAACAUCAAGGCAAUGAUUCACACCAUCGACGUCAGGGUGGCGACAGUAUGUGGUGA